UUGUUUAUACAUUAAAGAUCAAACGUGCCCGCAAAAUGCCAUGAUACAGCCGCACCUACAAUAGCAACCCAACUGGUGUUAUAAAUAACCCCAAACAGCUUUGCGCGCGCCCCUUUCAUCUCUGCGAAAAUGCGUACCAGAGCCAAUAAACAAUCUAAAGCGAAUGAAGAGAACUUAGGGAAGGAAAUUACAAUGGCUGCCGGGAAAGAAAGUCUGGCUGAUUUUUCCAGGGAGUCAGUAGACAAAGUUGCAAGACGUGUCAAUGGGCGUGGAUCAUCAGGGACAAAAGGAAAUGGCAAACAAGUGGUUGUGGAUGCAAGGAUUACAUGGAAUGAAUUGGAUGGGGGAAAGUUCAAGGAUUCUCUGAGGAACAACGAUGACGAAACAGAUGAUAUAGAUUGGGAAGAUGGGUCUUAUUCGAUUCUGGAUUCUGUAAGCAAUCAUCAUCUGGGUGAUGAUGGCACUACGGCGGUGACUGUUGAAUUUAGUGAGUCUCUUGAUUCUGCUAAGCGGAAGCCUGUUCGUCGAGCUACUUCUGAAGAAAAGGAAUUGGCAGAGCUUGUGCAUAAGGUUCACUUGCUUUGUUUACUUGCUAGGGGCAGAAUAAUUGACAGUGCUUGUGAUGAUCCUCUUAUUCAGGCCUCUUUACUCUCUCUCCUACCAUCACACUUGUUGAAGACAUCAGGGGUCCCAAAACUUAGUGCUAAUGCUUUGUCUCCCCUUGUUAGUUGGUUUCAUAAUAACUUUCAUGUUAGAAGCUGUGUCAGUGAGAAGAGAUCAUUUCAGAAAGCUUUGGCCUUUGCACUUGAAACUCGUGAAGGAAAUCCAGAAGAGAUUACUGCAUUGUUUGUGGCACUAUUCAGAGCUUUGAAGUUUACCACCCGGUUUGUGUCCAUUCUAGAUGUUGCCUCCAUAAAACCCAAUGCUGACAGAUUUGAAUCCUUAAGUCAAGAUAAUAGCAGAAUGCACAGAGGGAUAUUCAAUAAUUCAACAUUGAUGGUAGAUAGAACAAAAGAGGUUUUCAUUUCUCCUGUUAAAUCAUUCUCAUGCAAUGAGAAAAACAAUAUGUGUGAAACUUCUUCAAAGCUUCCUUGUAAAAGUAAAGAUAGCUACCCAAGGAGCAACAAAACUCAUUCUAAAGAUCCUCCUGAUACAGUUGAAGUGGAAAAUCAAACAACAGAUUCAUUUUUAUGUGAGGCUCAAGAUAAGGUCUCUGAAUCAUGUGUUAGCCCAAAAUGCCAGGGUUCAAAGAGGAAGGGUGAUCUUGAUUUUGAAAUGCAGAUGCAAAUGGCCAUGUUCGCGACAGGAAUUGCAAGUACUCAAAGUAGCAUGAGAUCAGAUGUGAGAAGCUCAACUAGCGAUUCAUCAAAUAUUUCUUCUCCAUUUAAAAGAAUUAAAACAAUCACGAGUGAAGAAUCUCCCUCCCAUGGAAUCUCAACUGCAGUUGGAUCACAAAAAACAGGAUCUCCUCUGCAUUGGGCAGAAAUAUACUGCAGCGGAGAGAAUUUGACAGGAAAGUGGGUGCAUGUAGAUGCUGUAAAUGCUAUUGUAGAUGGAGAAGAGAAGGUUGAAGCAGCAGCUGCUGCAUGUAAAACAUCUUUGAGAUACGUGGUUGCUUUUGCUGGGCAUGGUGCCAAAGAUGUAACCCGCAGGUACUGUAUGAAGUGGUACAAGAUAGCACCACAACGAAUUAACUCUGUUUGGUGGGAUGCAGUGUUGGCCCCAUUGAGGGAGUUAGAGUCUGGAGCAACUGAAGCCUCAGAAGGGCCUGAAGUAGCUGAGAAGGAGAAAAUUGAUAUAGAAUCUUCUGAGAGGAAUUCUUCUGUUGCUACUAGAAACUCUCUUGAGGAUGUGGAAUUGGAAACUAGGGCACUAACUGAGCCUCUGCCCACUAAUCAGCAGGCCUAUAAAAGUCAUCAGCUUUAUGCUAUUGAAAGAUGGCUUGCAAAGUGUCAGAUACUUCAUCCCAGAGGUCCCAUUCUGGGUUUUUGUUCUGGACAUCCAGUUUACCCUCGUGCUUGUGUGCAAACACUCAAAACAAAAGAAAGAUGGUUGCGUGAAGGGCUGCAGGUUAAAUCCAGCGAGCUUCCAGCAAAGGUGUUGAAACAAUCUGGAAAGCUUAAGAAAGUAAAACUUUCAGAAGAUGAUGAUUAUGAUGAUGCUGAUUCUAGAGGCACUAUUGAACUUUAUGGGAAGUGGCAACUAGAACCCUUGCAGCUGCCACAUGCUGUAAAUGGGAUUGUGCCAAAGGAUGAGCGUGGUCAAGUUGAAGUGUGGUCUGAGAAAUGCCUGCCACCUGGGACAGUGCACUUGCGACUUCCAAGGGUAUUUCGUGUUGCCAAGAGACUGGAAAUUGACUAUGCACCUGCCAUGGUUGGUUUUGAAUUCAAAAAUGGUCGAUCUGUUCCUGUCUUUGAGGGAAUUGUGGUGUGUGCUGAGUUCAAGGAUGCCAUAUUAGAGGCUUAUGCUGAAGAAGAAGAAAGAAGAGAAACUGAAGAAAAGAAAAUACACGAAGCACAAGCUAUUUCUAGGUGGUAUCAACUUCUUUCGUCCAUCAUAACUCGACAAAGGUUAAAAAACUGUUAUGGGAACAGUUCGUUACAAAUGUCAGGCAACAACAAAGAUACAAAUUACAAAUCAGAUGUACAUGACAGUAGUCAACCUCAUAAGCAUACCAGGGGAUGCCAGAAAGAAGACAAGCAGAAUCCUGAAUCAGGAGCUCCUCCAGUAGUUCAAACAGAAGAUCAUGAGCAUGUAUUUUUGGCAGAAGAUCAGAGUUUUGAUGAGGAGAGUUCAGUGAGGACGAAGCGGUGUCAUUGUGGAUUUUCAGUCCAAGUGGAGGAGUUAUAGCACUACUAAUGCAAGAUCUAUCACAUGAUGGUUCCUGAACAAACCAGUUUCCAGAUCAAAUCUUUCAAUUUUGUCAGGAAGUGAAUCCCAUUGUAUUCUUCAAUCUGGUCGUGUAAUAUUCUGUAGCUCACUGCUCUGAUUUACUUCCUUUUUGGUCUAUGUAUAAUUUGCGCUAUUAGUCAUGCCUGAAUAUUUUCCGAGAUGAGAAAAUGUGAUGGCUAUAUGUCAUUUUCCAGGAAAAUACCGAUGCACUGUAUCUCAUAUCGUGAACUGGGUUCGUGCUGCCCGUUUAAGGGGAAGUCUGCAAUUAUUUGUUCAACUUGUAGAUGUAUAAUUAUUCUCUAAACUUUCAAGGCUAAGGUUUUCAGAAA